AUGCUUCAAAACAUUGACAAUUAUUUGCGAAAAAAUCGUUCGAGAUUUGGUUUGCCAGUGUGCACUCAGCCUUUUUGUCGUCUGUUCGUCAGCGCAUUUCGUAGCCGAGGAAUGGAACGCGAUAUAAACGAAGCUCUUAGCCAUGUCUUGCAUGACAGCGGCUUCGAUCUGGAUGGAGAAAGGAUUGUCGAGGAUAGUACCACUGUGCAGGUGAAAAACCCGUCAGCCCGAAGAACUGGCGAAGAGAUGGAGGUAUUGUAUACUCGGACAACACAAGUUCUAUCUCAGCCGAACUCUGAUGAUGAGGACUUUGGUACUCGUUCCGAUUCGGAACUUACUGGCCGUACCCGGACCCGCUCUUUGCAUUACGGUAGUGACGAUGAAGGACGUAGACACACAGUCUUGAAGUAUAGAAGGCGUAGAGGAGGUCAGUGGAGACCGGUGCAUAAAGGUGAUAUCACAGCAAGAAAAGGAGACGAGGAUGAGCUAGAGGUUGACGUCACUGAGGAAUGCUCUGAAACAACUGGCAUCGUCACCAAGACAUAUGAAGCGCGCUGGAAAGUUUUGAAAUACGAAAAUUUACCUGACUGGCUUCAGGACAACGAAUUCUUACGUCAUGGCCAUCGACCACCGCUUCCUUCCGUUGCCGAAUGUUUCAAGAGUAUCUGGUCACUACAUACUGAGACGGGCAACAUUUGGACCCACCUUAUCGGCUGCAUAGCCUUUCUUUGCCUGGGAAUCUGGUUUCUCACUCGCCCAACUAAUCACAUCCAGUGGCAGGAGAAGAUUGUAUUCUCAUUUUUCUUCGGAGGUGCGGUACUCUGCUUAGGACUAUCUUUUGUGUUCCACACAUUGUGUUGCCAUUCCAUAAAUGUCGGUCGACUUUUCUGCAAGCUUGACUACAUGGGCAUUUCUCUAUUGAUUAUUGGUUCCUUUAUACCAUGGAUUUAUUAUGGUUUCUAUUGUCGUAUGGAACCUAAGAUUACUUAUAUAGCCAUGGUUUCUGUUUUAGGAGUAGGUGCUAUUGUUGUUUCGCUAUGGGACAAGUUCAGCGAAUCUCGUUUUCGGCCUCUGAGGGCAGGCGUAUUUGUUUCAAUGGGAUGCAGUGGCAUAGUACCUACAGUGCAUUACAUCAUAACUGAUGGAGUGCGCUCUUUGUUUGAGGAUAACGCUUUCCAUUGGUUGCUUCUCAUGGCAUUCUUGUACCUGCUGGGAGCGCUUCUUUAUGCUACAAGAACUCCCGAACGAUUCUUCCCCGGAAAAUGUGACAUCUGGUUUCAAUCACAUCAACUGUUUCACACUUGCGUGGUGAUUGCUGCCUUUGUUCAUUACUAUGGCAUUUCGGAGAUGGCAUGGAUGCGGUUGAACGAGCACUGCCACGCGAAGACGCCUUUCUCGCUACAUACGGAGUUGUAGACGUAGAUUAGGCAAUAGAUACUGAUCAUGCAGAUUUGAGUCGUGAACCUGAACUGACCUCAACUAGUCGUUUGACCUCAUUUUCCGGAACAGUGUUGUUCCAUCCUCUCAGUAUAUUUUCGGAUCUUCCGAAAGGCCAAUCUUUGUCAGAAAUGCGAACCCAUUUCAUAUGUAUCUCUAUUGAUUCCAAAAAGUCUUGGAAGCUAGUACAUUGAGUUUGGACUUAGCUUCUUAUUCCUCCUUUCAAUCACUUGAUGUCCACUGGCACUCACUUGAUUUUAUCCCACCUCUUUUUGAUCAUAAUUUCGGUUGUGCUGUGACCUUGCUAUUUCUUCUCUUUACAUAGGUGAUCUACAUCUGCCUUCAUAAUGGAGUGCUUCCAUAUAUUUGUGCUAUUGAUGUAAGGGAAU